AUGACUUCUAAGAAGGAAAUUAUCUUUGUUACGGGCAACAAGAACAAGUUGCGUGAGGUCCAGCAACUUCUCUACUCCGAGAACGCCCAGUAUACCCUUGCGAACGAGCCUCUGGACCUCAUCGAGGUCCAAGAGCUCGACCUCGAACAUAUCGCUCUCGCAAAGUGCAAGCAGGCCGUCUCAAUCCUCGGCCCCACAACUCCCCUCUUUGUGGAAGAUACCGCCCUCUCAUUCACCGCUUUAAACGGUCUCCCAGGCGCAUACAUAAAAUGGUUUCUACAAAGCAUCGGUUUAGAUGGUAUCCUGCGCAUGCUGAGCGCCUUUGAAGAUAAAACAGCACAAGCAAUCACAACCAUAGCCUACCAUGACGGCAAUGGCAAGUACCACAUAUUUCAAGGUACCACGGAGGGGCGGAUUGUCCCUAGCCGCGGACCUACAGACUUCGGCUGGGACUCGAUCUUCGAGCCCAAAGACAUAAACAAGACCUACGCAGAAAUGGAUAAGCCAUCCAAACACGCAGUAUCCCACAGAGGUAAGGCCUUCGCCAAGUUCAAGCGCUUUCUAAACGAACCAACUAUCACCAACUAA